AUGCAAUUUGCUCCAAAACCCGAUCUCAAGAUCGGAAAAAAGACCAUCAUCGACAACAUGCGGUUUGCAUCAUUGGAUGCCAACAAACGUCGACGACUGGCUGGCUACCGGUACAUGAAUACACCACGAGCAGCACACGGUACACAGGACGUGGCCAAGUCGAAGUGUGAAGACGCUUGGCAAGACUUCGACUUCGACUAUAGCUGCAACACUAUCCAUAGUAUUAGGGCCGACUCCCUUGGCCGGCCUUCUCUCCUCCUCCCACACCACCACGCACUUGAUUAUUCUCACACACCCUCCCCAUCCCCGUACCGAAAGCACCAGGCCCCUGGCGAGAAAAGAAAGAGAAAGAAAAACGGCAAUCCAACUCGACUUCGCUCCAUCUUCGAGGCAGAAACAAAACAUUCACCCGCCUGUCAAACAGCAUCAUUCUGGCCAAGCAUGCCAACGUGGGACGAGUUGAAACAACAUGUCGGUCUGUAA